AGAGAGAGAGAGAGAUGGGCAGAUCGCUGUUGUUGUAGACAGACAGACAGACAGACAGCAGUGGAGGUGAGGACAGUCUGUCUGAACACACACACACACACACACACACACACGGGGACCCGCUGGAAACUCUUCACAUCCAGCGCGACACCCGCGACUGAAGGAGAGACUCUCCGGAUGCCCCUCUCCCCGGCCCGGUGGACGGUGUGACCCGCGGGCCGUCAUCCUCAUCCUCAUCCUCCUCCUCCUCCUCAUCAUGUCCCAGAUGCUCCACAUGGAGAUCCCGAACUUCGGGAACAUGGUCCUGGGCUGCCUGAACGAGCAGCGUCUGCAGGGCCAGUACUGCGACGUGUCCAUCGUGGUGAAGAACCAGGCGUUCAAGGCCCACCGCGCGGUUCUGGCGGCCAGCAGCCUGUACUUCCGGGACCUGUUCAGCGCCAGCACCAAAGCCCAGUUCGAGCUGCCGUCCUCGGUCACGCCGGGCUGCUUCCAGCAGAUCCUGGGCUUCUGCUACACCGGGAAGCUGAGCAUGGCGGCCGGCGAACAGCUGGUUCUGAUGUACACGGCCGGAUAUCUGCAGAUCCAGCACAUCGUGGAGCGCGGGAUGGACCUGAUGUUCAAGGCCAGCUCUCCUCACUGCGACUCGGCCUCGGCGUCCAUCGACGAGCCGCACUCGGGGCCGCAGAGCCCGAACGCCGCCGCGCUGGUGCCGACCCGCAGGAUCAAGCUGGAGGAGCCGCGGCGAGCGGGGCGCGUGUGUGUCGGGGAGCGGGCCAGUCCCGGGGCCUCCAGCAUCCCCACCACCGACAGCCCCACCUCGUACCAGAACGAGGACGAGGAGUUCGAGGAAGAGGCCUUCGACACCGAGGAGAGCUACAGCCAUCAGUGCGGACGCGCCGCUAACGCUUACGGGGUGUCGGAGCGGCCGGAGUUGGUGAUGCCCGUGUCUCUGGAGAACCGCUCCUGUGUGCUGAUCCGCCGGGAUCUGGUGGCGCUGCCGGCCAGUCUCAUCAGUCAGAUCGGUUACCGCUGUCAUCCCAAACUAUACACCGAGGGAGACCCCGGAGAGAAGCUGGAGCUAGUGGGAGGCACGAGUGUGUUCAUGACGAGAGGUCAGCUGAUGAACUGCCAUCUGUGCGCCGGCGUCAAACACAAGGUGUUGCUGCGGAGGCUCCUCGCCACCUUCUUCGACAGAAACACGUUAGCGAACAGCUGUGGGACGGGCAUCCGGUCUUCAACCAGCGACCCCAGCCGGAAACCACUGGACAGUCGGGUCCUAAACGCCGUCAAACUUUACUGUCAGAACUUCGCGCCCAACUUCAAGGAGAGCGAGAUGAACGUGAUCGCGGCAGAUAUGUGCACCAACGCUCGCCGCGUACGCAAGCGCUGGCUUCCCAAGAUCCAGUCCAUGUUGCCGGACGGGAUGGAGGUGUACCAGGGCUCGGUCGCGGGCGUGAAUAUGGGCGUUCAGAUGCCCUUCGAGAACCUGCUUCCCGCGGGCCUGAAUCUGGAGCCGCGGCUCGAGCGCAAACGGCCCGCCAGAACUGUGUUAACGCUGGAUGGAGACGACGUGGAUAUUCCCGGAGAGGAGGACGAGGACGAAGAAGAAGAAGCUCAGAAUGACAGCGCCGAUGGGACAAUGGGGGCGGGGCCUGUCAGGGUUGGGGGCGGGGCAUUUGUGGUCACGCCCCCCGAUGAGCACGAGGAGGAGGCGGAGUUUGUAGACGGCCUGAGAAUAAACGGACAAUGAGUUCCUUUAGCACUGCAAAAAAUAGUCUUGUUUCUAGUCCGAAUAUCUAAAAAUUCUUAAAUCAAGCUGCAUUUAGCCUACUAGAUGAGUAAAAUGCUUGUUUUUUGGGGAUAUAAAUCAAAAUUAAGUGAGUUUUGGCUUAAAACGAGGUAAUUUAUCUGGCAGUGGGGUUAGAAAAAUAAUGUUUCUGUUUAAAUUAAGAUUAUUAAAGCAGUAAACCGCUUGAAGCCGUGAGUUUAGAACAGCUAAGCGGAGGAAAAACACACCAUUAUUAAACGGUUACUCCAUGAAAAUAUUCAUAUUCAUAAAAUAAACACCAGCAACAAA